CUUUCCAGGAACCCGUCAGGAAGAAGAAAAACAAAACAAACCUUAGCGAGCUUCUAAACGAGCAGCGUGCGGAGUUCAUUGAGAAAAAGAGGGCCUGUGAUCUCUACUACAAGGUCCAAGACGAAGACAAAGCGCCCCAAGAACCUGAACAGACUUGCACCGUACCCAGACCUACAGCAGCAGAGCCCAGCUCAAACCCAGCUCAUUUCUGUUGUGUCCCCCUGCCCUUUGCACCCCUCUGGCCUCUGGGAAGUCCCGUAGUUUUUCUGCGAAGCGGAAAACCCCCCUCAUUGCUGGGACUGGACAGGAGAACCAGAGGUUCCCCCACUGCAGCUUUCAGCUGUGCCUGGCAAUGCCUCAGCCCAGUGUCAGUGGGAUGGAGCCUCCCUUUGGGGACGCCUUUCAGAACUACUCAUUUGUGGACCAGGCGUUGACCAGCACCGAGCUGCUGGCCACCAGCUCUGACCCGGACUUCAUGUACGAGCUGGACAGAGACAUGAGCCACAGACAGAGCCCGUGUGGAGACAAUCUGUCGGCUCUUGACGGGGGGAAGGAGGCGGAGGGACCCGUGGACCAGCUCAUGGCUCUGGGUGAGAGCGAGAGUGUGUGCAGCGGAUCGGCCUUCGAGCAGUGGGACUCGUACUGGGAGGACCUCACCAGAUACACACGCCUGACCAGCUGUGACAUUUGGGGCACCAAAGAGGUGGACUUCUUAGGGCUGGAUGACUUUUCCAGCCCAUACCAGGAUGAGGAGGUGAUCAGUCGCACCCCAACGCUGGCGCAGCUGAACAGUGAGGACUCCCAGCCUGUGUGUGAGACACUCUGCCCCCCCACAGACCUGAGCCUGCCCCCACUGCAGCCUCCACCCCCCGUGUUUCAGCUUCCCGCCCCCAAGAAGAGACCUCCAGUGUCUGGGCAGGGUCCUGGGGCAGUUCGCCAUGCUCCUGCACGCCUGUCCCACAGCCUGCUGCCGGAUGUCCCGGAGGGACCUCAGAGACCCACACGGCCUGUUGCCUCCAGCACCGAUACUAUGUCAAAGACCCAGGUCCAGAUCAAGCCGGACCCUGAACCCACCCAGGCCAAGCAGUUGGGACGUGGGGCGAAGGCAGCCCCUGUCAACACUGACUUUGUCCGUAAGGCUAAGGUGCGUGUGAGCUCUGGGCCUAAGACGGAUGUGACAUCUAAGACUCCUUUUGAGAAGCCCGACCCGGUUCUGUCCCGGGAUGAAAAGGCAUCCACCUCCUCCAGUUCCACAUCGAUGGGACCCCCCAGUGUGAGCGUGUCCGGGGGCUUCGAGAGGCACUCAGAGGGGACAGUAAGGUCCUCUGUGCCUCUCCUCGUGGAGCCCAGUCCAACUCUGGAUGGGCCUCUCCCUGGGCUGGUAGUCAGUGGAAACAGCACACCUGGGACAGGCACUGUCCUGGUGGUGGAGGGGAGCGAGAAGAGCAAAGAAGAGGAGCACAACUACUCUCUGUUUCUGACCCGCAGCCGACUGUCCCAGAGAGGCCUGACCCCAGAUGAGGACGAGGAGGAUGAUGAAGAGGAGGAGGAGGAGGAGGUGGAGGAAGAGGAGGAGGGUCUGGACGACGAAGAUCAUGAUGAAGACCAUGAUGAAGGUUUUGGGAGCGACCACGAGCUGUUAUCAGAGAACGAGGAGGAAGAUGAUGAUGAUGAUGACUACGAGGCUGACAAGGAUGAUGACAUGAGCGACGCCUUCUCAGAGCCAGGCUGCGAUGUGGAGAUGGAGGACAUUAAAGGUCUGACAGCAGGGGUCCCAAGUCGGAAGAGGGGGAAGCGCCGGUACUUCUGGGAGUACAGCGAGCAGCUCACCCCCUCCAAACAGGAGCGCAUGCUGAAACCCUCAGAGUGGGACCGGCACACUCUGCCCAGCAACCUGUACCAGAAGAACGGCCCUCUCCAUGGAAAAUACAUGUUGAAGAAAUCCCGUCGCACGGAUGUGGAGGACUUGACUCCAAAUCCUCGUAAACUGCUGCAGAUCGGGACAGAGCUGCGUAAACUCAACAAAGUCAUCAGCGACUUGACCCCCGUGAGUGAACUGCCCAUCAACGCACGUCCCCGGUCACGCAAAGAAAAGAACAAGCUAGCCUCCAGAGCUUGUCGUUUGAAAAAGAAGGCCCAGUAUGAAGCUAACAAGGUGAAGCUCUGGGGUCUCAGCACUGAGUAUGAUCGACUGCUGUUUGUGAUCAAUUCCAUCAAAGAGGAGAUUGUGUCCCGUGUGGAGGACUCCGCCCCUCGACCCACCAACAUGACUGACACUUUGGACAAGCUCAUCCAGGAUACCCUUGUCUCACCUCCUGUCGCCGGGCAGACAUCGGACUUUGUGAACAAGAUCCUGGAGAACACUGGACGCGGAGACCCAACCGGGGGACUUGUUGGCCUGCGAGUCCCCACCUCCAAAAUGUAGACCCCCUCUGGUCUCCUCAGAGCAGUGUCCUGUUGUAACUAUGCUCCUCUGCAUGCCCCUCCAGCCCAGAGACAUCCACAUCUAUAGUCGCACAGACACACAUGUUGAGUAUGUGUGCUUGUUUAGGUCCCUUAUGGUGUAGACCCUUUAGCUUUCUGUCUCACUGCGCACCUCUCCCUGCCCUCUGCGCAUGCUGGGAGGAGAGUUUCUUUAAAAGCAAAUGAGUAGGACGUCCAAAAUGCACCAGUGAUUCUUCUAGGUGUUUAACAUAACAAUGUGUGAGCUCUUAACACAUUACACUGGUAUCGUUUCACUCAAUGAUCUAUGACAGAAAAAAGAAAGAGUUUACUCAGAAAAUAACAUCAAUAUAAGGCUGUUACAGAAAAUGAUUAGUUCAAAGCUCAUUGUUGACAACGACUUUGGACUUUGGAGAGGCUGCCGAGACAAAAGCAGCAUGGUGCUACAGUUUGGCUUGAACUAUUUAGUAUUGAAGACCUAAAUAUGUUCAUGCCCUUUCUGUUAUUGCCAAUCAAAUGAGCUAAACGGCGUCUAAAACACAACUGCAGAUAACUGAAAGGUUUCAUUUAACUAUAGGAGGUGGUAGAGGAAAAGCAUAACGUUUGGUGCUUAUAUCAGCCUUGUGCUGGUUGAAACUGGACUCAGAGUGGCGGCCAUUUUGGGAGCAGACUGAGGAAUAUGGUGGUGAUAGAGACAAUAUUGUGCGAUUGCUCCGUCUCCUGUAGGACGUGUACAUACCCACGCUCCCCUCUGUACAACGGAUCGGGCGUGUCCAUAGUGUCUGAUCAGAGUGCUACUCAUUGUGCCUUGUGUGUGUGUUUGUGUACGAGUGAAUGGAGAACUGAACGAAGCGGUGUGAUUGGUCAGAGCUCCCUGAGCUCCAGCCAAUGAGAGGACUACUUUACAGUCAGUGUGAAUGCGGAGGACACCUAUGGGUUGUGUUCUGUUGUUUAAAGAUAUUUCUGAAUGUACAUAAGUGGAAGCUCUUGUUGCGUGAUGCCACAGAGUCUGUGUAAAUAGGAGGGCUCUGCAAUAGUUAACUCUUUGGUUUUUGGUACUCUUGUCUUUGGGGUCCGGGGGCGGGUUGACAGAUAUUUUUGUUUAGAGUUACAAAAAAUAUUUGCACACUAUAUUUUGAUUGUUUUUUGUACCAAAGACACAUGCAACGAAAUGGCGACCAGCCAGUUAAAGUAAGGUUUUGCACAGCUUACCUGACGCCGUACUGAAUGUAAGAAUGUGGGAGGGUCAGGGAACCUCAGAGAACUGUGAAAUUAGCUUGGGUCCAAUUCUGUACAGAAAAGGAACAUUCAUUCUUUUUAUUAUAAAUUUAUCAUCCCACCUGUGGGUCUCUGCAGCAGGGCGCUGCCUGGAGCUCCUCAUUCCUCCCUCCACAUGCUAAUUGUAUUAAAGGCGCCAGACCCAGAGCGCUAAGUAGAUAAGCUAUGUUACAUUUGCCUGUUUGUCAAAAAGUCACGACAAUAACCAAAACAUUUGUGUUUGAUUUUCCGAUGUAGACAAGGUUUUAGUUAAUUCACAUGAAAUAACUCAAUUAUGUUUAAGUACUGUAUAUAAACAAACAAUGCUAAUCUAUCAAUGGUGUAAUGCCACUUUCACAGAUUCAUUUAAGCAUGACACAUUUCUAAAGCCUAUCCUUAAAUUUGAGAAACUUAGAUGAAAACACAAAAGCCAAAAAAAAAAAAAAAAAAAAUACUGUUAUAUUUUUGUAUUUAAGCUGCCUGUUUGCUUCUUGAAGGUUUGCAAGUUUUUGUCAGGGUUUAAUAUAAUCUGAAUGAAGUGAAGGAGGAAAAAGAAGAGAGAUUUUAUAUAAAGGAUUUAUUGAAAUAGCACUAGACUCGUCUUCAGCGGGCUGAAGCUGAGGGAAACUCAAAUCAGGAAUUAACUUCUUAAAACUAAAUGAUGCAAGGUUAAGCCAUGUGACAGAAAAUCUUGUGUUAUAAUCAUAAACACAUAGAAACGCCAGGAUAAAAGGUGAAUAAAACGAUUGAAUCAUAUUCCAACUGUUAUCUCUAAACGAGACAAUACAAACUUUGCAGUGCACUUUAAAUUAACAAAAUCAGGUAUAUCUCUUAAAUACUCAUCUUAGAGCCUGAGCAGUGAAUUGUUAAAAUGUUAAUUGUUUGUUAAAAUGCACAAAUAUUUGAACGGGAUAAACACAUGCUGCUACCCAGAAUGCUUAAGGCUUCUAAACGCUGGGAAAACUAAGCAAUUUCAAAUGGAAACAAUCUAUGUUGGAAUAUUAUGCCCGUUUAACUAAUAUUUUUGACAUUCGGUUCAUUUGUGCUGCUAUCAAAAUUAAAAUGCAAAUUAAUUAUCAAUAACAAUAGGAUAAAUGUGUAUUUUUUGAGUGACAUGGCUGUUUCUAAAUAAAUGUUUCUAACUGAAGUCAAUAUCCAAAACUAACUGUGCUUAACUGAGGAAUUGAGCAUAACAUUUUUUUUUUUAAAGAAAAGCAGUGAAUUUCAAAAUGUCCUCCUUCACUGAACGAAUUCUGCUGAAGGUAUGGUCGGUUUGCAUCGAUAACUGCUAGCGCUACCACGUAUAUGAAAUAUAUUUUUACUGUUUUAUGUUUUCUGUCUAAAAGGGAGAUUUGGUGCUUUUUUCUGAAACUAGAAUGAGUAUCCAUGAAUCUAAUUUACUCUUAGUCUAGGUGUAGCCUAUAGUGACUUGCUCUCCCUGACCGUCCAUAGCUAUUUUCUUAGUAGUUAUUUAGUUUUUGUAAAUACACUAUAAGUUAAUAUGUACCUUCUAAAUGUCCAAUAUAUGUAAAAAUAUUCUAUCUUGUAUGUUUGAAAACUAAAGCACUUUGUCCAAAAAAAAGAAAAAAAGAAAAAAAAGAAAAAAAGAAAGCAUUUUUUCUUCCAUUUGCUGCUAAAGGCCUGGUGUGAAUGCUGCAAGUGCACUUGAUGACUACUCGCUUGGAUCGGUCAAGAGACGGCCAAGAAAUAGUUUGUGUCCUGGCGAGGGCUAGAUCUGUGAGUUCUGGAGAGACGUAAUGAGGGACAUUUUUAGUACUGGUUGGAUAGGUCUACUCCUGGUAGGCAUGGGACUGUGUAGGAUUUCAUGGUAUAUUAAUUAUGACUUUACCUAAUUCACUAUUUGACACAAUUAAACAUUCAGUAUGUAUUUCACUUAAGGUUUGUGAAAGGGAACUGUUUGUUUAGGCUGCUUUGGAAUUUAACCCUCUCUAGUUUUCAAGGCUUGACAGCAUUGAGUAGUGACCCACUGUAACUGGAUUAGACCGUUUCUACCACAGAUGUGUGUCCUCUGAGUUUGGAAAUACAUACUCGCUUGGCCUGAGACAGGGCCCUGGCAGAGUGGUCAAAUAUUCACCUUUAAAAAGACCUUAAACUUAGCACUGUGUUAAAAGAGUGAGACAACAUAAUAGUAAUGUACAACAAUAUUUGUCCAAAAAUAGAUCUCACAAUAGAAAAGCCCUACUAUGUCCUUGAUUGUCAGGAUAUGUCAGUACUGUGACACUUAACCUUAAUCCUGUUGACUGUCCCAUGCCUACCUCCGGAUCAUGUAUGGUGCAUUUAGGUGCGGGUGAUGAGUUUGUGGUCUUAAAAAGUGGAGGGUUUUUUUAAACCAGGUCCCUUCAUUGAUCUGAUGCUGCCCCUUGGCGUCAUGAUUCAUUUGCCUUCAGUAGAGGUUUCCUAUGGAAAAACUGAUUCUGCUUUGGCUUCCUCUUCAGGGUGAUGUACAGCGUAGACAACAUUUCUCCAGAGCUAUAUUGUUAUCAUUUGUAAAACUGAUUUCUACUUGUGACUUAAAAUGAGGUGGGGUUUUGCCUUUGGUGGCCAAGAAGAGCUGAAUUAUAGCUGUUCUUAGCCACCAUUGGGGUAAGUUACUAUAUCACUGUACUGUAUGGCAAGCCAAUUAUAAGUGGAGAUUCAAUCCGGACACUUAUUGCCUUCUCACUGAACUCUUCACAUACUCUGUAUGACAGUAAUAAAACUGGGCCUGACUUGUCUAAAACCAGGAGACGCACCUGUGCUUUUGGGCAAGUCUUUGUCCCAAAAUGGUCAAACAAAUCCAAAUCCACUUUGCCUGAUUGGCUCAAAACAACUGAAGUAGCAAGAAAAGGAGGAAUGUAUCUGGAGAAAACUGCUUCUGAUGUUUGCGUGAAGCAUCGUGUGUCAGCUUUAAUUAUUUCUCCCUCGUUCAAAAUGGGUUAACUGUGGUCAAAAUCUAUAAAACUACCAAUAUGACCGGGUCUUGCCCAUGCAGCGCUGACAAGAUAAAAUGCGUUUUGUGGUCGAUCAAAAAGGCGCAAGCUGUGCAACUUUACAUUCAAACCAGAGGACUCUGUGGCAUUUUUAAUAGUGUAGGAGAUGAGUGAAUAUAUCCACGCCAGUAAAACCUUUUCCUUACUUUAACUUUUUUAUUUUAUUUCUGAUUACAGUGAAAUAUUAAGCUAAUAGAGUGUGUAACUUUGUGCUACUCUCGUCCGAUGACAGUGGAUAAUAACAUAAUAACAGCUCUUCUAUAGAAAAUCAGGGUAUAAUAACUUCUUCAAUAUAUAAAUCAAAACAAAUAUUUAUGUAUUCCUGUAAUGUCGCCAUUCUUUACUCAAUAUUGUGUGUGCGUUGAUAUGAAUCAAUGUCUGUCGAAGUGGUGCAAUGCUCAGUAUAAAUUCACAAAAACCGCCAACAUAAAUAUUAGACAAGAUAGACACCUUGUCCCAAAAUGUUUUAAUUGUCACAUGGUGCUGCACAUUAAUCGACAAAUGAUCCCCUGAAUUCGACUGGGAUAUUCUUAUAGAUGUUGUCAUUUGUGUGUCCAUUGAAGGCACGUGGACCAAUGAUGAUGUGUUAAAAUUUUCUUUGUAAAAACUAGACUCACUCAUUUGACUUCACAAGCUCCUCACCAAGAAAGAAAUGUCAUAGAUAUUUCAAUAAAACAAUCAAAACUUGGAAUGUACAUCUGCAGUUGUAUUUCUAAGUCAAAAAGGACAAAUCCAAAGACAUUUUACUAGUGUUGUAGUUGCCCCACCAAGAACCCAAGUAGUCUCAUUAUGAUCAGUGUUAUUAGACAAAUUUAAUUCAUUUAUUCUACAUUCUGUUCUUAUUAUUAGUCAGGCUACUUAUUUUACUAACAUUCAUGUCAUCAAAAUAUGUAACUAGGAUCUAAAUUCUGAACUGCAUAUUUUUUCAAUCUAAUGAUAGUCUUGAAUGUGGUAGACUACAGCACUGGGAUUUAUACUGACAAUGGAAAAACUAUGCAUUUUAAUGAAACAACACUGCUCACAACAGAUACCUAUUUUAUGACAUUGAACUAACCUCAUAUCAAGCUAAUCAAAUAACAAUGAAAAAUAAUGUUUUUUUAAUUGUAAAAGCUGUUUCGUGAAGUCUCAUCUCUGAGUCUAGUUUAUGAGUAUCUCCGAUGUUUAUGUUCAAACCGUGUGUUUUCGUGCUGGCUCCACACUCUCCUUGUGUAACAUAGAAUUUAAAGGAUGUGCUCUGAUACUCUGAUAUGGGAAUGUUUCUGCAUGCUGUUUACUGCAUCGAAACGAGAGAAUCAAGUUUAUGGAAAAAUAACAAUUGGCCAAAAAACAGUUUAGUUGAGGUUUGUUCGUCAUUAUCACACAACUGUUGCAUGGCUUUUUGGGCUCACUUUAUUCAAAUGAAUUUGUAUUUGCUGCUAUUGAAUGAGCACAAAAAGGUCUGUUUUAGUGACAAUUACCACACACCCCUGUUAUUUAUCCACUUGUUUUAUUCCUAUUUUAUUCAAAAGACCAACAUUUUAACUCAACAUUACAUUAACCAUAAACUAAAGACAAUAUUUUAAAUGCGAUGCCUGCUUGAACCAGGUGCCUUAUUCUAAUAUAUUACACCAAUCGCCACUUUUGUCAGUCUGAAGGGGUUUUCCCAAAAGAAUUGCUGGGGCAGAUCAUGCAUUUCUCCCCAUAUAUUUUGUAUUAAGGAAAUAAGCUAAGAAAGACUACAUUUUUGGGUGGCCUGGUCCUAUUUCAAAGUUUUUUCUCUGCCCACUAUGCCACGACAUUGUUGUAAUUUUUGUAUUGGCUGCUGCUACUACUUUCACUGGUGUAGAGAGGAGAGAAGCGAACUUCCACUGUGUACAGAGGCCGACACUUUUGGUGAAAUUUGAUAGUGUGGCUGCCUCUUAAAUACGUUUCCAUAAAGAAAAUAUAACUAAAAAUAGACUUUCUUUGCUCUAAUGAAGUGCCAGACCCUCCGAAAGUCGAAUGAGGAGGAAAACUGUGGUGCUAACCUGUCAGUGGCUGGGUGCUAUUAUGGCCGUGUUUAAAAAGCUGUAUUAUUAGCCAUGUUUUUAUUGCUCCUGUCCACCUGUCCAAAUCCAACUUUUUUUUUUCUUCUUUGUGUUUUUGUAGAUUGAGGUGAUUCUUUGCUGCUUUGUGGUUUGUUGAAUGUAAGUCUGUACUCGUCUUCCUUGACAGCUCGUACAGACGGACGGGAGACUCAAAAACGCUUUUGUGUCUAAACCUUUUCAAAAUUGAUUAUCAUUUAAAUAUUUAUGCUCUGACAAAUGUUGCACAUUUUAUUUUUGUGUUUUUUCCUUCUAAUUGUACUUUUAUUGCCUUCUCCUAUUCCUUCUUUAGGCAAAUAUAAAUCUCUAUAUAUAUAUAUGUAGUCACACAAAGAAAAUAAAUAUAUUUUGUUUUUAGAGUGAAGCAGGUUUAACUAGAAGUCAGACUAAUCGGCUUAAUUGAAUGAUUAAUUAAAGUCACAAAGGAAUCCUGUAUAUCUUUACAUUAUAAAAAGUAUUCACCUGUUAAUCGUUAUGUAAGUAUUUUAUUAUCGAAAUAUCUCCAAAUACUAAACAAUUUCUCAUGAUAAUAGCAACAUAUUUGCAGCUACACCAUUCUGUCCAAAUUUUAAACCAAAUUUUAAUAAAUCAAUAACUUGCAGUUUACAGUUUCAUUGUGACUAUAGUUAAUUGUUAAUAGCGGUAAAUGUUCUUAUUAUUGGUCAGAAAAGCAGUGGUCAUAAAACUGCACCUGGUCUUGACACAAGCUCAGAGAUUCUUUUCAGGGGGAGAUUUUUCAAACUUGAGAUAAAAAGAAGGUACACCUCUGUUAAUGUCCUUUAGUCACAUUAUUAUCAGCUGAUCUAUGGAUGGUGAUGUUCAAGAGCUUGAAAUUCCCAUGGUCUGCUAACCAUGGGAGGAGAUCAGCUACAUUCUCAUUGUGGGAAAGAAAUAGUUAAUUGAGGAUAAUAUGUCUUUUAUUUAUUUUGCAGUGUUUUCAAUUAAUGGGAAAAAGUCCACAUAUAAGUUUGAAAUAUCUUCCUUGCAAAGACUUUCUAAUAGCUUUGAUUUAGAAGUCUGGCCUGACAUUUGAAAGUUCUAGUCCGCUCUUUAUCAAAAAACAAAAAAAGUCUACAAAAAACGUUCUUUUUCCUAGUAGUUUCCCACUGCUCUGGAGAUGUGUCGUACCUUAUGGGUGCUUUCCAUUUUUUCAGAAGGGCUUUGGUCUGCGGUCGUCUCUAUACAGGCUUAAGGCUGGUGGGCAGAGACCGCUCCUUUUGCUCCCCUCUGUGAACUGAGAGAGGGGCAAAACUUCUCCUAAUCUGCAGACUGAAAUAAUUUUUUACAGUUAUUGAACGCAAAAUAACAAUCCACCCUUGACAAUAACCUGUUUCUCUACUAUAUCCACACACUCACCGUACUACAACACUGCAAUGAUUUACAUCUCCUACCAGAUUUGCCAAAAUGCAUGACGAGAGAGAGAGAGAGAAAAGAAAUUCUAUAUUCAUCAACCAACAGUAAUUUCCAUACAAGUCCUAUAUUGUGGUAAGCAUCUGUCAUUCUGAGCUCCACAUGCACCGUUGUAAAGAUGCUCCUGGUCUUGUAUGGUGAAAACGACUUAUUAUUAUACAACUUUAGAUCAAUAGCAUGGGAUUUAUUCGUAGUAAGUUAUAGUCCUAUGUGUUAUUUCCUCUCCCCAAUCUUUGUAGGAAGCCUGUACUUCAUUGCUCAGUGCUCUCCAAUAGAUUUCUUGGUUUAAAAACAGUGAAAAUAUCAUGACAAAACCUGCAGAAUUACGUGUAUCCUGCUGAAACUAACUUGAUCCUCUCUUUAGCGACAACGUCUAUAUUUGUAGUUCACAUAUAUGCCUGUUCAAAUACAAUAUCUUGACGGCUGUUAGAUUUAUGUUGUGUAUUAAAUGUUGUGCUGGUUUUUACUUUUUGUCUAACUUUUUAUUUUCAUUUCACAACUUUUUUUUUCUUUCUCAGAGGCACUGUGGUUGGCUUUAUGCACAGAUAUAAAUCGUUGUUUUGGUUCGUACUGUAAGGCUGGUUCUGUCAAUGGUUGCUCAACUUCCUGCAGACACUUGCCCUGAAUCAAUGUGUUGUGUUAUUGUGCCUCUUUUAUUUUUUCUUUUCAAUUUUUUUAAAUCUUUUUUUUUUCUCUGUUGUAUCAGCCAGGAGUUGGUACCACAGCUCUGCUUGUAACCACAAUAGUCAAAUUCUGUUUAUUGAUUUAAUAUCAAAAUAAAAAUAAAAACAUUAGCACCCCA